CGUGACUCCCUGCCCAUCUUACUACAUAACCACCACUUUAUGAAGCAAAAACAUUGGACUCUGUUCACUGACUCCACCGCUUUCAAUACAACACUUUUUACACACCAAUUGAGACAUUUGUUUAUUUAAAAUAAUGUCGAUCUACAGGAAUGCCGUCUGGUUUGUGAAAGGACUCCAGGAGUAUACAAAGAGUGGCUAUGAAGCUGCAGCGAAGCAUUUUGCUCCAGCAGACCUAGACGUAAACCUGAGUGGGAGGUGCUUCAUGAUCACAGGUGCCAACAGUGGGAUCGGAAAAGCCACAGCGCAGGAAAUAGCCAGCAGAGGAGGAACCAUUCACAUGGUGUGUCGAAACAAGGGCCGAGCAGAAGCGGCCAAAGAUGAAAUUGUGGCGCGGAGUAAAAAUCAGAACGUUCACGUCCACAUCGUCGACAUGUCCAGCGCCCGACACGUUUGGGAGUUUGUGCAGAACUUCUCCCAAAGCAACAGCGUGCACGUGCUGAUUAACAACGCCGGCUGUAUGGUCAACCAGAGAGAGUUAACGGAGGAGGGUUUGGAGAAGAACUUCGCUACAAAUACACUUGGUACGUACAUCCUCACCACAGCAUUGAUACCGGCACUGAAGAAAGUUGAAGACCCCAGAGUGGUCACCGUGUCGUCGGGCGGCAUGCUCACACAGAAGAUGAACGUGGACGACCUGCAGUUUGAGAAGGGGGCGUUUGAUGGCACCAUGGCCUACGCCCAGAACAAAAGACAGCAGGUGAUUCUGACGGAGCGAUGGGCUUCUCAGCACAAAGAGAUCCACUUCUCCUCCAUGCACCCCGGCUGGGCAGACACCCCAGCCGUGCAGACGUCCAUGCCUUCCUUUCACGCCAAGAUGCAGAACAAACUGAGGACGGAGGCCAUGGGGGCCGAUACCGCGGUGUGGCUCGCCGCGUCUGCAGCUGCCAUAAAGCAGCCGAGCGGACUCUUCUUCCAGGAUCGCAAAGCGGUGGCGACGCACCUGCCGCUGGCCUCCUCCAGGUGCACGCCGCAGGACGAGGAGAAGCUCCAGGCUGCGCUGGAGGAGUUCGCCCUCAAGUUCAAACCUUGAUAUCUCCGCAGAUGCACUCUUUCUAAAAACCAAGCGCUCCUCAAUAAUUACUAAUGUUUACAUAAUUAUGUUGCUUUUUUACAUUUCUGGCUGAUACUUUAAAAAACCAAAAACCUCAGGUGUCAAAGUAAAAGAUUGUACAGUUGUUUUAUCUUGAGGCUUUUAUCCACUGAAACUUGCUCGAAGGAAAAUGUAAAUCUGCUUCUUUAAAUGCUUAAUAUAAUUCAUCAAGGAUGCUUUAAUAGAAAUGAAGCACAAAAUGCAAAUGUGUAUAUUCCUUUCUGUAAAAUGUUGUUUUUGUUUGGUAACAGGGUGGAGGUGCUAAUUAAAUGUAUUUUAGAUUC